AUGACACUGUACACUGCUGCAACUCCCAACGGGAUCAAAGUCUCAAUGGCGCUGGAAGUCCUCGGCUUGCCCUACAAAGUGCACCACCUAGAUCUCUCCAGCCAAGCUCAAAAACAGCCUUGGUUCCUUGAGAUCAAUCCAAACGGCCGCAUCCCUGCGCUUACGGACACACUACCAAACGGCUCGCCCAUUCGGAUAUUCGAGUCUGGCUCAAUCCUACUCUAUCUCGCUGAGCGAUACGACAAGGACCGAAGAAUCUCAUUUGAGGCAGGGACGCACGAGUAUAUUGAGAUGGUGAGCUGGCUGUUCUGGCAAAACUCGGGCUUGGGGCCGAUGCAAGGGCAGGCGAAUCAUUUCCGAAGAUAUGCGCCGCUAGAGGUGGCAGAGAAGCGAGAAGAGGUGUAUAGUUAUAGUCUUGGUCGAUAUCAGGCGGAAACGAAACGACUCUACGGCGUGCUUGAAUCUCACCUCGGUAGAAAAGAGGCAUCUCUAUUCCUCGUCGGCGACAAAGUCACAAUCGCAGAUUUGUCGGUUCUGGGCUGGGUAUUGUUCGCAGAUUGGGCUGGCGUGGGUAUUGAUGAGUUCCCGCAUGUUAAGGCGUGGGAGGAAAGGGUUUGUCGAAUUCCUGGUGUGAUUAGGGGCACGGAGGUGCCGAAGAAGACUCUGGAUUUGAGACAUAUGGCGGCAUCGGAGAAGGACGAGUAUGCGAGAAAUGCGGCAGCUUGGAUCGUAGGGAAUGGAGGCAAGGAAGAGGGAAGUUGA